CGCUAAGACAUGCCCGACAUUUCGAGUUCGCAGAUUGAGGACGCUUGGGGAGACCCCACGUGCCACAGCUCUAGCCAUGGUAUCUCGACUGUUGGUAACAUCACUCGUGCAGCUUGUGACACACGAUGACGAUGCGGGGACAACGACGGGCCGUCCGGCUCCAUAAUAGCCACCCCGGGACCGAACGGAAAACGUGCCGACCGACGCCUACAACUCCUAUUGUAAUUUCAAUCCACAAUUUGCCCUCGCCAUCCUCGCCCGCCGUGCUAUUCGUCCUUCUGACGGGGCGCAGAUAGUCGAGGUCAUCAACUACCGCGAGGUUUAUACCCCUUUUAAGACUCUGCUAACAUGAUAGUAUGUAUAUAUGUGUGUGCGUGUGUGGGUCUUGAUUAUUGGUGCUGUAUGGAAGAUGAUUGCGUUCAUCCUUCACUCUUUAGACGCCCGGGAUCAGCAGAGUGUUGGCUACGCGACGGCCUGCAAGCUUCUAUUCUUGCCAACGCCCCUUAGCUUAAUGCAUCCAGUAUAUGACCUUUUCUCAAAUAGCCUGGUUCUUCCUUCCAGAUCAGAGGAUCGGCGGGAUCAGACAUGAGUUCACCACCAAAUACUUCGUCUGGGCUCAUGUUUUCACCUUCCUCGUCCAAGUUGUCUAUGUAAUGGCUUCUCCGAGUACAAGGCCGAAUAUUGUCAAGGUUGGUCUCGAUAUUAGUACUUAGUUGGAAUGGGCCUGCAACAACUCUCCAUCAUACUAUCUCUGAGCCUUAUGGUUAUCUUCAACCGGCGCGCGAAGGCGAGCCCACCUGAAGAGAAUGUAAGAAACGAAGAGAAGAGGCUAAGUUGUCAACCACUUCCGAUUGUCGUCUAUGUCGUUCUAGCCUUCAGCGCGGUAAGUAUACCAGAUAACCCAUCCUUGUUCUUUGUAAAUCCUAGGUUUGAAAUAUGUACCAUGUUGCGGAAUUCGCAUGUGAGAUCACGUCCUCAAAUCUCAGAGAUUCCAUUCCACGAGUAUUCUUACAACCUUCUUGACCGCCUCCCUAUGAUGCUAACUCUUUUGAUCCUCGUUAUCUAGGACAGACUCUCGUGGGACCCGUCAACGAGCUUCCUUGGAAGUCUAGAGAGGAAAAGAAGAAGGAAAGCCAAGGACGAAAGGUGGCUAAGAAACAAGCAAAGUUUGAGAAAAGAGGCCGAGAAGCAGCCAAGAUGCAAGACUUACGCGUCACAUCGAGAAAGCUGUCGAGCUAAACAGAUAUCACGAUAAUAGAGAUGAUAUAGAUGAUAGACAGCUUGGCCAGCUAAUGUAACUCAAUGAUAAACGCCAAUUAGCAAACAAAUUACAAUGAAGAUGGGAAAGUUCAAGAUUUACCUGAG